AUGCUACUAGCACAGCUAAAAUCUGUUGACGGUGAAAUCACCGGUCCACCACUAAGUUUGCCUGUAGACAUUACCCCGGAACAACUUGAACUGUUGGUUAAUCAAUUAUUGAACAAUGAUGAACACCUUCCAUAUUCAUUUUCUGUUGAUGAUAAAGAAAUAACUACUACGUUAUUUAACGACAUCAUUAAAGCUUUAAAAAGAUCAACUGAAGACAUAUUAACUAUCGUGUAUCAACCACAAGCAAUCUUUAAAGUUAGAGCUAUCACCAGAUGUACAUCUACUCUAAGUGGACAUACAGGCGCAAUUUUAUCAGUAAGUUUUAGCCCUGAUGGUAAUCAACUUGCAACAGGAUCAGGUGAUAAAACUGUAAGAAUUUGGGAUCUUAAUACGGAAACUCCUCAUUUCACCUGUUCAGGUCAUAUGAAUUGGGUACAAUGCAUUUCAUGGUCUCCAAAUGGCAAGAUUUUGGCAUCUGGAAGUUUGGAUGAAACGGUGAGACUGUGGGAUCCAUCAACUGGAAAAUCCAUAGGUGGCCCAUUAACAGGCCAUUCACAAUGUAUAACAUGUUUGGUAUGGGAACCUAUUCAUUUGAAUCCAAAAUGUAACAGGUUAGCUUCCUCAUCUAAAGAUGGUACAAUUCGAGUUUGGGACACGGUAACUCGUCGUGUCUCCAUUACAAUGUCUCAACAUACUAGUGCUGUCACUUGUAUCAAAUGGGGCGGUGAGGGACUAUUGUAUUCUUCUAGUCGUGAUAAAACUAUAAAAAUCUGGGAUACUACUCAAGGAAAGCUUAUAAGAACAUUAGAAGGUCAUGGUCAUUGGGUAAAUACUAUAGCGUUAAAUACAGAUUUUGUAUUAAGAACUGGUUUUUUUGAUCAUACUGGAAGAAUUCCAGAAGAUGAAAAUCAAGCAAAAGAGUGGGCAUUGGCACGAUACCAGGCUGUAGUGAAAGGGGCAAAAUCAGAAAAACUUGUCUCGGGGUCUGACGACUUUACAAUGUUUCUCUGGGAUCCGUCAAUAAGUAAAAAACCUAUUGAAAGAAUAACAGGUCAUCAAAAACUUGUUAAUCAUGUCACAUUUUCACCUGAUGGUCGACUAUUUGCAAGUGCCAGUUUUGAUAAUUCUGUUAAACUUUGGGAUGGAGUUACUGGAAAAUUUAUUGCAACUUUAAGAGGUCAUGUAGCUCCAGUAUAUCAAAUAUGUUGGUCAUCUGAUAGUCGCUUGUUGAUAAGUGCUAGUAAAGAUAGUACUUUGAAAAUAUGGGAUAUCAAAACAAAGAAAAUAAAAGUUGAUUUGCCCGGUCAUUUGGACGAGGUUUAUGGUGUUGAUUGGAGUCCAAAUGGUGAAAAGGUUGCAAGUGGUGGUAAAGAUCGUCAAUUAAAGAUGUAA